GUAUGCGCAUCAGUUUAUUAGAAUAAUACCUGCAGGAUUUGUUGGCUGGAGGAAUGGGAGUGGGAAAUUGAGAUUUGUGUUUGGAAGUCGAUAGUAGAAUUCAGCACUCUAUUUUCAUUCAUUAAGUUAUAGAAGAACCCAAGACUCCUUCACUCCGAGUCUACUACUUUCAAUGGAGCCAGAAUCUGGAAUCUCGAUUCCUUCUCCUCCUCGAAAUCCUUCCCCGCUUUCGUGGGUCAAUCUCUCCAGGAACCUAAUAUUAGCAUAUCAGAGCUUGGGGGUGGUGUAUGGAGACCUGAGCACUUCACCUCUUUAUGUUUACCGUAGCACGUUCAUAGGGAAGUUGCAGAGUCAUCAGAAUGAAGAUGCAAUAUUUGGAGCAUUUUCCUUGAUUUUUUGGACCCUUACACUGAUACCCCUUCUCAAAUAUGUGUUUAUUGUGCUGAGUGCUGAUGAUAACAGAGAAGGUGGCAGUUUUGCUCUCUACUCGCUGCUUUGUAGGCAUGCUAAGUUUAGCUUGCUUCCCAAUCAGCAAGCAGCUGAUGAAGAGCUCUCUGCUUACAAAUAUGGGCCCUCAGCACAGGCCACUGGUUCUCCAUUGAAGCGAUUUUUGGAGAAGCAUAAAAGGCUAAGGACAGCACUUCUUGUUGUCGUACUCUUUGGUGCUGCUAUGGUCAUAGGUGACGGCGUGCUCACUCCAGCAAUAUCAGUUCUGUCAUCAGUUUCUGGACUUGAAGUUACUGAAAGCAAAUUAACCAAGGGUGCACUUGUCGUGCUUGCUUGUGUCAUACUGGUCGGCCUAUUUGCUCUGCAGCAUGUUGGUACUCACAGGGUAGCUUUUAUGUUUGCACCAAUUGUGAUUAUCUGGCUGGUUUCAAUUUUUUCCAUUGGCUUUUACAACAUAAUUUAUUGGAACCCGAAGAUUGUUCAUGCAAUUUCUCCAUAUUAUAUUAUCAAGUUCUUUAGGGAGACCGGUAAAGAUGGCUGGAUUUCUCUUGGAGGGAUCCUUCUUUCAGUAACUGGCACUGAAGCUAUGUUUGCAGACAUUGGUCAUUUCACUGCCUUAUCGAUCAGGCUUGCAUUUGCAUUUUUGGUAUACCCAUGUUUGGUUGUUCAAUACAUGGGUCAAGCUGCCUUCUUGUCAAGAAACCUGCAAAAGAUUCCUAACAGUUUUUAUGACUCAAUUCCUGGUCCUGUUUAUUGGCCUGUCUUUGUAAUUGCCACCCUUGCAACUAUUGUUGGGAGUCAGGCCAUUAUAACUGCCACUUUUUCGAUAAUUAAACAAUGCCAUGCCCUUGGAUGCUUCCCUCGAGUUAAAGUUGUUCACACCUCAAAACAUAUAUUUGGCCAGAUCUACAUCCCAGAAAUAAAUUGGAUACUCAUGAUACUUACUCUUGCCAUAACUGUUGGAUUCCAAGAUACAACUUUAAUUGGAAAUGCUUAUGGACUUGCUUGCAUCACGGUGAUGUUCAUUACAACAUUUCUCAUGUCUCUUGUGGUAAUCUUUGUUUGGCAGAAAAGUGUUUUGCUUGCUGCAGUGUUCCUUGUAUUCUUCUGGUUUUGUGAAGGGGUUUACUUAUCAGCAGCACUCACGAAAGCGCCUCAAGGUGGAUGGGUGCCUCUUGUGCUGUCAGUCAUCUUUAUGAUGGUUAUGUACAUAUGGCACUACGGGACUCGCAAGAAAUACAACUUUGACUUGCACAACAAAGUACCGCUGAAAUGGUUGCUCGGGUUGGGUCCUAGCCUCGGUAUCAUGCGUGUGCCUGGGAUAGGCCUUAUUUACUCUGAACUGGCUACGGGAGUCCCUGCAAUCUUCUCCCACUUUGUCACAAACCUUCCAGCGUUCCAUAAGGUGUUAGUUUUCAUUUGUGUAAAAUCAGUUCCAGUCCCAUAUGUUUCACCAGAAGAGCGCUUUCUUAUCGGCCGGGUGUGCCCUAGGCCAUAUCGUAUGUAUAGGUGUAUUGUUAGGUAUGGGUACAAAGAUAUCCAGCGAGACGAUGGGGAUUUCGAGGACCGUCUUAUACAAAGCAUAGCAGAGUUCAUCCAGAUGGAAGCUGGAGAACCACAGGUAUGCAGUUCUGAGAGUUCAUCGAAUGAUGGCAGGCUGGCCGUUAUAAGUAGCAGGACCGUCCAAUCAAGCUCGAGUUUGAUAGUUACUGAGAAUGAGGAUUAUGGUGGUAUCGAGUCCAUACAAAGCAGCAAAUCCCAAACGUUACAGAGCUUGCGAAGUGCUUACCCUGAUGAUGAGAAUCAAACAGUGCGGAGGAGGUGUGUGAGGUUCGAAGUAGCAUCGAGUCCAGGUAUGGAUACGAGUGUGAGAGAAGAGCUGAUAGAUUUGAUAGAGGCAAAGGAAGCAGGGGUAGCAUAUAUAAUGGGACAUUCGUAUGUGAAAGCGAGGAGAAGUUCAUCGUAUUUGAAAAAGGCGGUGGUAGACAUGGGGUAUUCAUUUCUCAGAAAGAACUGCAGGGGGCCUGCGGUAGCACUAAAUAUUCCUCACACCAAUCUGAUUGAAGUUGGAAUGAUAUAUUAUGUGUAGUUUAGUGUAUAAUGCAAUCUAGUUAGUGCUGUGUAGCGUGCU